AAACACCAGCUGUUUCACGCAGCUAGCUGCUCCGGCUACAUGCUGUCAAACAGGUUGCUUAGCCUGGUUAGCCAUGCACACACUUUUGGGGUAGAUUAUUGUCUGUACACUCGUAGAUGGAGCUUGGCGACUUGUAUGAGCUUAUAUGAAGAUGCGAAGAUGUGACUUCAACUAGAGUAAUGGACAAGAACUUUGACCACAGACACCAGAGGGGGUCCAGGAAACCGCCUGCAGAGCCCCACACAUCAGCAUCAGCGCAACCUCUGAUUCUACCAAACCCUUAUACCUCCGAUCAGAUUUCAAGAGGAAGCCAGUCAGGUCUGAGCCCAAAACCAGCAGGCAGAGGAGGAGAUGCACCGAGGAGUCAUGGCUACAGCAGCAGCCGUCCUGUUAGAGAGGCCAGUGAUAACGUCCUACAGAGCAAUAGGACCAAACAGGAUCCCCAAGCUAAGAUGCCUCAAAACAAAAAGGACUCUCAAGGAAAAUUCAUGGGCAAAACCUCAGUGGACAUGCAGAAAAAAGGUUUUAAAGCUACAAGAUCUGCCCCAACCUCUGCAGGGAAGCCAAAACCAGCACAGACAAAUUCUGUCCCAUUUGAAGUGAAGAUGGCUGAUUUUCCAGAAUUGGGUGGUGUUUCAGUGGCCAAAGCAGCUCCUCCUGUUCAGAAAGAGUGCUGGGGUCCUCCCAAACUCACAAGCUCCCAAACUCCAAAAUUGGCAUCUUCUUGGAUGUCUGGCAGCAGAGGAUCUCCAACCCUACCUGGUCCUCAGGUGUGUGCCACUAAUGCCAAGCCAGAAAGCCAAGUUAUCCAAGCAGUCCAACCGGUGGUGACGUCCUGGGCUAACAUUGCCUCUCAGCCUCCGAAGAAACUUGAUCCCAAUGACAAGACAAUCAGCUGUAACAGUAUGCAGAUUGAGAGCAUGGCUGCACAGGAGGAAGAGAUAGCUCCAGGGAGGAAAAAGCGAAAGAAAAAGAAGAAGGCGAAAAGUAGCAGUGAGGGUGCAGGAGGUGACUCUUCAGAGCCGGUGAUUUCUCAAGAGCCUCCAAAAUUUGAGGAUGAAGAGGAGUUCCCAGACUUGACUCUUGCUUUGUCAAAGACUGAAAGGUUAAUAACCAGCAGCAAUACAAAACUAUGCAAUGAGGAAAACCAAAGAGAAGGAAGUCAGCAUCAAUCUGCUGACCAGAACCAGGUAAAAUCACCCGCAGCAAAGACACAACCCACUGAAACAGGAAAAAAAGGACAGAAAAGCGAGAAAGCCUCUGGGAAAAAGAGCAAGGUUCCUAUGCAACUGGACAUCGGAAACAUGCUGGCCACCCUGGAAAAGAAGCAGCAGUCUCAGAAAGCCAAGCAGGACGCUAAGCCAGUUAUUCUCACAGUUGGUGGAGGACUACCUGUUGUUCAGAAGCAAACAUCUGCCCAGAAGAAGCCUCUCUGGCAGCAGGAUAAAAUUGCACACAAUCCCCUCGAUUCAACUAGUCCUUUGGUAAAGAAAGGCAAGCAAAGAGAGGUACCCAAAGCAAAGAAACCAACUCCUCUGAAGAAGGUCAUUUUGAAGGAGAGAGAGGAGAGGAAGCAGAGGCGUUUACUGGAGGAGAGAGGACUGCUGCCUGAAAGCGAGUAUAAACUUGCGAGUAACUGUACAGAAAAAGAGCAGUGUGAUGCAAACGCCACAGAUGAGGCUGACUCUCCUGCAGAGGCACUUGAUGAAUUAAACGACACAUGUCAGAUCAUGGGAGAAGCUGAAGAGACGGACAAAAAUGAGACCGAGACCAUACAGCAACAAAUCCCCUCACCUCAGUCAUACCCAGCACCUAAAAUCCACAGCAGAAAAUUCAGAGAUUAUUGCAGCCAGAUGCUGAGCAAAGAUGUGGACGAGUGCGUGAUGUUGCUGCUAAAGGAGCUGGUUCGGUUCCAGGACCGCCUGUACCAGAAGGACCCCAUGAAGGCCCGCAUGAAGAGGCGGAUCGUGAUGGGCCUUAGGGAGGUCCACAAGCACCUCAAACUCAGGAAGAUCAAGUGUGUCAUUAUCUCACCUAACUGUGAACGCAUCCAGUCCAAAGGCGGCCUGGAUGAGGCUCUCCACACAAUCAUCGAUACAUGUCGUGAGCAGGGUGUGCCGUUCAUAUUUGCACUGUCUAGAAAAGCUUUGGGACGCUGUGUCAACAAGGCCGUGCCUGUCACCCUGGUCGGCAUCUUCAACUAUGAUGGUGCACAGGAUUAUUAUCACAAGAUGAUCGAGCUGUCUUCUGAGGCCAGGGCAGCCUAUGAAGGGAUGGUGUCAAGUGUGGAGCAGAGAGACCAGGCAGAGGCAGAGCUUGAAACAAACACUGAGGAACCUGUGCCUGACCCGGAUGUAACAGAGCCAGAGGAACCACAAUACAUAAAAAUCUGGAAGAAAAUGUUGGAGGAGGAGUAUAACCACACAUUAAUGGACUUUGAGGUGGAGCUGCGGUCCAUGCACCUGGACAAUGAAUGUACUGAAAACACUGAUGAUGAAGAGAGCUAACAGUUGUGAAGCCUUUUGUGCCUGAAAAAUGGAUCCCCUUAUUUCUCAUCGUACUGGCAGAAAAAGAGCCUUCCAAGGCUACAGUGCUGCAGGUGUUUCUCAAACUGCGGCUCGCAGCUUUCCAGGACUUUGCCAGUAUCGUGUUAGUGCUUAUUCCAAUUAUUUAUGAUUUCUUGUGAGGUAAAUCACCAACUUAGUAGGGCUGAACUUGAAGAGAUCCCACAAUCUGAAUGAUCAGCAGCUUCACGACCGUGUGUAGAGGAUGUUAAGGGGAUGUAUGAUGAUUUAACACUGCAUUUUUUUUCUUUAUAAUAAACUUUAGUUCAAACGAUUUUGACAUUAUAGUGUCAUUUUACAUAAAGAAAUGACAUUUUCACAUAGUGACAUUCCUUGACUCCAGUAAAAUUUGAAGGUUUUGAAUAAAGAGUUGUGUAUCAUUCUUUGUAAACAUGUGGAGUAAGUUCAAGAUUGCAUAUUAAAAGAAUUAAUGGUUUAAAUUUACCUUCUUUUAUUUUGCCAUGACACUGAAGUUACACAUUAAUUUAAAAACAAUGAUAAACCAAUGUUUAUGUUCUUCUCCAAUGUUCUCAUUCAUGUUAUAUAGCAUAUGCUGCAUACUGUCUGUACACAAGAAAUCAACAUAAAGCAGUGUAUAUUAGAAUAUAUAUACAAUAAACAUACCUGUGAUUUGCUUAGAGUGCA